AUGGGUCUAGACGAGACUCAAGCAAAGGUAUUAGUUGAUCUGAAAAGAAAACGAGGAGUUGUAAAGGGUUCUUUAACUCGCGUUCGCACUUUUAUAAGUAAAUUUGAUCCACGAAAUGAUGCUAUUACACUGUUGGAGUUCAGACAAGAAGAACUACCACAAAUUACCAAAAAGUUUGACAAGAUACAAUGUGAGAUUGAGCUGAUCGACUUAGACAAUCCGGAGGAGGCGGAGGCUGAGAGAGAAUCCUUUGAAAAAGAAUACUAUUCCAUACGGUCAGAAAUGCAAGAAAUAAUUAAUUUGGAGAAGAGUCAUAAUUCGUCAAUGCAAAAUGCUUCAAUCAGCGCUACCAUUCAACCACCACGUGCACUUUUGGCUCCAAUUUCUCUUCCUAAGUUUAAUGGAAACAUUCUAGAGUGGGAAUCCUUUUUUGACUGUUUUAAGGUUUUGGUGCACCACGAGGACACGUACUCUGCAGCUCAAAAAUUCUCAUAUCUUCGAUCAGUUUUAAGUGGACAAGCUCUUGAUGUAGUAAAGGGCAUUCCAAUGACCGAAACAAAUUAUAACGUAGCAAUAAAAAAACUUUUGCAUCGUUACGACAACAAAAGCUUAAUCAUUCAGUCACACAUAAGGAGUAUACUUGAUGUGCCACCUGUGAAACCAGGUUCGUCAAAAGAUUUGCAAGAAUUGCAUUCACUUGUUACCAAUCAUGUCGCAGUACUUGAAGCCUUAGGACAACCGGUAGAGCACUGGGAUGCGUGGCUAAUAACUAUAAUUCUUCGAAAAUUAGACAUAUCAACAAUACAUCAGUGGCAAUUGCGGCAUGCCAAUACUGAGUUACCAAAAUUUAUCGAAAUAGAAAAAUUUUUAGCCGGACGGUGUGUAGCCUUUGAAAGCACGGAACCAUGGUUUAGUACUACAGAGGACAAUGAUCUGAAGACAGCUUCAAAAACAACGAACUUAAAAAAAACAAAUUUGACUCAAUAUUCAAAGAAAUCCUUAUUAGCGGCAAAGGAUUUGUCAGAGGACAAAUGCGUUUGUUGUUCGGAUGUACAUAAGUUGUUUAUGUGCACUAAGUUUAAAGAAAUGCCAGUGAAUAAACGUGUGACGCUAGUCCGUGAAACAAGGCUCUGCUUCAACUGCUUUUCUUCGUUCCAUAUGGCUGAUAAAUGCAAAUCAAAGUAUUCUUGUCUGAAGUGCAAUCGCAAGCACAACACAUUGCUCCAUUAUGAAACACAAUUCGAUACAUCUGAAAGUAAAUCCAUCAGUGAUAUAAAUCAUGGGAAGAAUCCCCAAUCUACAGCUAGUUGUUCCAGUACAUCAUUAAUAGCUCAUAAUUCGAACGGACAUGUGUUUUUACCAACAGUUAUCGUCUCAGUCUCUGACAGCCACGGCACGGAGAGAAAGUGCCGAGCAAUCUUAGACAGUGGGUCGCAGAUAAAUUUCGUAUCUAAAAGGCUUGCAAACAUGUUGCAACUUCCUCGUCAAAAAGUGAGCUUGCCGGUAAGUGGGAUUGGAGCUAACCAGGUGCAGUCCGUAUCAAGCAUUUCAAUUAAGAUUAAGUCUCGGGUGAAUCAGUUUGAAAUUGAAUUGGUUUGCCACGUUCUGCCUGUGAUAAUAAAAAAUAUGCCCUGUUGCUCAAUUCCAAUGGAGGGUUGA